UUUUUAUUUCAGAGAGAAAGUGAGAAGAAAGUCUUCCCUCCUCUUCUCUCUCAAUCAAUCUCCCUCCCUUUCUUUCUUUCUUUUUGGAGGAACCCAACCAAACACACAAACACGCACACACACACAAACUCAAACAACAGCCUCCGUUUUUUUUUUUUUUUUCAAACCAUUUUUUUUUUUUUCAGAAUUAAACCCUAAUUCUGUCAUCCAUGGCGACCGAUCCGACUCAGCAGCAACUCAUACUCCUCCUCGGUCCCGAAACGGCUCACUUCGAAACCCUAAUCUCCCACCUCAUGUCCACCACCAACGAGCAGCGUUCACAGGCCGAGGCUCUUUUCAAUCUCUGUAAGCAGAACCAUCCCGACGCGCUUUCUCUCAAACUCGCACAUCUCCUUCAGGCUUCCCCUCAUCCCGAAGCCAGAACCAUGUCGGCUAUCCUCCUCCGCCGUCAGCUCACGCGCGAUGACUCGUUUCUCUGGCCCCGACUCACCCCUCCCACUCAGACAGCCAUUAAAUCCACCCUCUUGACUUGUUUGCAGCGCGAGGAUUCCAAAUCCAUUUCGAAGAAGCUAUGCGACACCAUUUCGGAGCUGGCUUCCGGGAUUUUGCCUGAUAAUGGCUGGCCGGAGUUGUUGCCGUUCAUGUUUCAGUGCGUCACGUCGGAUAGUCCAAAGCUUCAGGAAUCGGCGCUUUUGAUUUUCGCUCAAUUGGCUCAUUAUAUAGGUGAAACCCUACUGCCUCAUCUGACCACUCUUCAUACGGUGUUCUAUCAGUGUUUAUCGAGCGGAGCGAAGAGUUCCGAUGUGAGAAUAGCAGCAUUGAGUGCGGCGAUCAAUUUCAUUCAGUGCUUGACGAGUCCAUCGGAUAGAGAUAGGUUCCAGGAUUUGUUGCCGUUGAUGAUGCAGACUUUGACUGAAGCAUUGAAUUGCGGUCAGGAAGCUACUGCUCAAGAGGCAUUGGAGUUGUUGAUUGAAUUGGCAGGGACGGAACCGAGGUUCCUGAGGAGGCAGAUAGUUGAUGUUGUUGGGUCUAUGCUUCAGAUUGCCGAAGCCGAAGCACUUGAAGAAGGGACGAGGCAUCUGGCAAUUGAGUUUGUGAUCACACUUGCUGAAGCGAGGGAGAGAGCACCUGGGAUGAUGAGGAAGUUGCCUCAGUUUAUACAGAGAUUGUUUGCGAUUUUGAUGAAUAUGUUGUUGGAUAUAGAAGAUGAUCCGGCAUGGCAUAACGCUGAGACUGAGGACGAGGAUGCUGGUGAGACUAGUAAUUAUGGUUUUGGGCAGGAGUGUUUGGAUAGACUUUCGAUUUCCUUGGGCGGGAAUACAAUUGUUCCUGUAGCUUCGGACCUUUUGCCUGUUUACUUGGCUGCCCCUGAAUGGCAAAAGCACCAUGCUGCUCUCAUUGCGCUUGCACAGAUUGCUGAAGGUUGCUCCAAGGUGAUGAUAAAAAACCUUGAACAUGUAGUGUCAAUGGUACUGAAUUCAUUCCAAGAUCCCCAUCCCCGUGUCCGCUGGGCAGCAAUUAAUGCAGUUGGACAAUUGUCGACUGAUUUGGGUCCGGACUUGCAAAUGCAAUAUCACCGCAGGCUGCUACCUGCACUUGCUGGAGCGAUGGAUGACUUCCAAAAUCCUAGAGUACAGGCUCAUGCUGCUUCUGCAGUACUCAAUUUUAGUGAAAAUUGCACCCCUGAUAUUCUGACACCAUACCUAGAUGGAAUUGUGAGCAAGCUUCUUGUACUCCUUCAGAAUGGGAAGCAGAUGGUGCAGGAAGGAGCUUUAACAGCUUUAGCUUCAGUUGCUGAUUCAUCACAGGAGCAAUUCCAGAAGUACUAUGAUGCUGUAAUGCCUUACUUGAAAGCUAUUUUGGUGAAUGCAAAUGACAAGGCUAAUCGAAUGCUCCGUGCCAAAUCAAUGGAGUGCAUUAGCUUGGUUGGAAUGGCCGUUGGGAAGGAUAAGUUUCGAGAAGAUGCUAAGCAUGUUAUGGACGUCCUAAUGUCAUUGCAAGGAUCUGAGAUGGAAGCAGAUGACCCAACGACAAGCUACAUGUUACAAGCAUGGGCCAGGCUUUGUAAAUGCCUUGGGCAGGAUUUUCUCCCAUACAUGAAUGUUGUAAUGCCUCCUUUACUUCAGUCUGCUCAACUUAAGCCUGAUGUCACAAUUACAUCUGCUGAUUCAGAUGCAGAUAUUGAUGAAGAUGAUGAUAGCAUUGAGACAAUCACUUUAGGGGAUAAAAGGAUAGGGAUCAAAACCAGUGUCUUGGAAGAAAAGGCUACUGCUUGUAACAUGCUGUGUUGCUAUGCUGAUGAGUUGAAAGAAGGAUUUUUCCCAUAUAUUGAUCAGGUUGCUCCCACAUUGGUUCCGCUCCUAAAAUUUUAUUUUCAUGAAGAAGUUAGAAAGGCAGCUGUCUCAGCCAUGCCUGAGCUGUUACGUUCAGCCAAAUUAGCUGUCGAGAAGGGACAAUCUCAUGGUCGUAAUGAGUCCUAUAUAAAGCAGCUGUCUGAUUACAUAGUACCUGCUUUGGUGGAGGCAUUACACAAGGAACCUGAGGUAGAAAUUUGUGCAAGUAUGUUGGAUGCAUUGAAUGAAUGUGUACAGAUAUCUGGACCUCUUCUUGAUGAAAGUCAAGUAAGAGGCAUAGUGGAUGAGAUAAAACAGGUGAUCACGGCUAGCUCAUCCAGAAGACGAGAAAGAGCUGAAAGGGCCAAAGCAGAGGAUUUUGAUGCGGAAGAAGGAGAACUUCUCAAGGAAGAAAAUGAGCAAGAAGAAGAAGUUUUUGAUCAGAUUGGUGAUUGCUUGGGAACUUUCGUUAAAACAUUCAAGGCCUCUUUCUUGCCUUUCUUUGACGAGCUUUCCACUUACAUAACACCCAUGUUGGGUAAGGAUAAAACAGCAGAAGAGAGGAGAAUUGCUAUUUGUAUAUUUGACGAUGUGGCGGAGCAUUGCCGGGAAGCAGCUCUUAAAUACUAUGAUACCUAUGUUCCUUUCUUAUUGGAAGCCUGCAACGAUGAAAGUCCAGAUGUUCGACAGGCUGCUGUAUACGGGAUUGGUGUUUGUGCUGAGUUUGGUGGAUCUGUGUUUAGACCUCUUGUUGGAGAGGCUCUUUCCAGACUGUUUGUGGUAAUCAGGCAUCCUGAUGCACAGCAUGCAGACAAUAUAAUGGCAUAUGAUAAUGCUGUUUCAGCUCUUGGGAAAAUAUGCCAGUACCACCGUGAUGGUAUUGAUGCAACACAGGUUGUCCCUGCCUGGUUAGGCUGCUUGCCUAUAAAAGGUGAUUUGAUCGAAGCCAAGGUUGUGCAUGAUCAGCUUUGUUCAAUGGUUGAAAGGUCGGAUAGGGAACUUUUGGGCCCAAAUAAUCAAUAUCUUCCCAAAAUAGUUGCUGUUUUUGCGGAGGUCUUAUGUGCGGGUAAUGAAUUAGCAACAGAGCAAACUGCUAGUCGAAUGAUUAAUCUCUUAAGGCAUCUUCAACAAACUUUAUCACCCUCCGCUCUAGCAUCAACCUGGUCAUCACUGCAGCCUCAACAGCAGCUUGCUCUGCAAUCUAUUCUCUCAUCAUAAAAUAUUUUUGCAUUGGUGGGCAUGUCUUCGUUCUUGGGUAAAGCUGCUUUGUCCGUCGGUAUGUUGCAUGUUGCAUUUUCAUCGGUGGAUCUCUAACUGUUCCUCUUUUGGGGGUUGGAGCGUCUGCGUCAGGUCAAUUUUAUUUCCGUAUGCAUCAUUGAGGCAUGUGUCCUUUUGAGAAGCAGCUGUGUCUGGUCUCUGUGUUCCUAUUAUCCAUUCUUUUUUGACAACAUAUUACAUAAUUUGUUUGGCGUGGUGUGUCACCGAUGCCUUGCUGCAUUGAUUGGUUGGUUGGGGAUGAAAAAAAAAAAGAAAGAAAAAAGAGUCGGGAAUGGUGAAGUUUUGCUAUAGAAUGUGUGUAUAUUUUACAAGUUCUGUUGACGGUCUAGAACUUCAUUUGCAAGAACAAAGGAAAGCAGGAUAAGGGUUGAGAAAAAAAAAAAAAAAAAAAAAAGCCAUUAUGUCUCUUUUUCAGUCUUGUAUUUGAGGUCGAGGUGUAUCACUGAGACAGAUGUUGUAUCAAUUUUGGUUGAUUAGUAAUUUUUCUUAAAUGGGGUUUAAAAAAAAAAAUCCUAGUUAAUUAUAGUUUU